AUGCAGCUCUCUGAUAAACCCGCGUAUGUUAGACACGGUCUAAGUGUCCCUUUGGACGAGAACCGCGGCGAUAAUAAUUUUCAGCCAAUCAAACAGCCCCUAAGACGCUGGGCCAUAGAGAUGGCCAAGUUCCGGAAAGAGGCCAAAAAACCCUCUCGAGACGCGGUCCCUUUGGUUUUUUUCUGCCCAAUCAAUCACAAAGGGCAACAUUUUUCGCUACUCGAAAUCAACGAACGCAAGCAGGUAAUACGGCAUUAUGAUUCGAUGAGCGAGACUACUACUGCCCUCCGUAUGUCAAGACUAGUUGAGGAGCAAUUUGGUGACUUAGAAUUCUCCUACGAAGAAAUGCCUACACCGCAACAGGACGACGGCUGGAGUUGCGGAAUCAGGACGGUCUGGAAUUUCCGGCAUUUAUCAAAUAAUCUUUCAAUUGAAACGAACAGUAGCAACCCGGAGCGGAUGUUACUACAAGUGGUAGAGGGCCUGAUAGCCUGCGUUGAGGGUGGCGCGAUGACAAAGUAUAUUCGACGAAGACGGUCGGAUCGAGAGAGACGACCAGUGACCUAA